UCGGUAUCGAAAGUAUUGUUCAGUUCUAGUAUAAUAUUGUAAUCUUUGGUCCGAACCCCUGCCGUCUUAAAAAACAAGAGGGACAAAUUAACAAAUUUAUAUAAAUAUAUCUAUUUUAACAUUUAAUUAACUCAUGAAAAAACCAAACUAAAAAGGAAAUUACAUAAAUAUGGAAGAUAUAGAAAAAGUUCACGUUAUUCCUCUUCCCGAUUCACCCUACGUAAAACCUUUCAGACUCAAUUAUACACAGAAUGGUAAACAAAAGAGCUGGGAUUUGUUAGAAGUACAUGAUAGCGUAGCAAUUAUUGUGUUUAAUGUAACUAGAAAGGUUAUGGUAUUCGUGAAGCAGUUCCGCCCAGGUAGCCGUGGUUUUAAACUAGAAGUCAUUUGUUUUGUCCCAUUGCCGUGUAAUAAUAUAUAUUUUUUUAUUUUAGCUAUAUAUUACAACUCUGUGCAUCCAGAGGACCGGGAUGACUUUAUAGACACUAAAAAGUACCCGGCUUCAUUGGGUAUAGCUUUAGAAAUGUGUGCUGGCAUUAUAGAUAAAGACAAACCAACCAUUGAAAUAGCCAAAGAAGAAGUAUUGGAGGAGUGCGGCUAUAAUGUAGAAGUAGAGAAUUUACACAAAAUUAUGUCUUACAGGUCAGGUGUUGGUGUCCAGGGUUCUCUCCAAACGCUAUAUUACUGUGAAGUCACUGAUGAUAUGAAAACUGAACAAGGUGGUGGUGUAGAGGAUGAAAUAAUAGAAGUUGUUGAGAUGACUAUACCACAAAUAGAAUUGAUGUUGAACUCUGAAGGUCCAUUAGCAAGCCCACCAAGCUGUUUAUUUGCUCUUAUGUGGUUUCUCCACAAUAAAGCAGACAAGUACAGAAAGUAGGACUUCAUUUGUAUAUAUUUAAAUCAUGCUUCUAAUAGAAAUCGUCAUAAGAAUAACUGUCUGUAAAUAUAAACAAUGCAUAAUAAUAAUAAUAUUAUGAAAUAUUCUUUGCAGUACAGUUGAUUUACUUCAUAAUUAAUAGGUAAAAACAUUUGUUGACAGACACUGACCUUUUUUAAAUAAAUACAUGUGUAGUGUAGCAAUGUUCUACUUACUAUAUACAAUUAAGUGAAUAAUUGUGAUAUAUACCAUAAUCUAAUAAUUUUUCUGCAGGAGUUUUGAACGGACUUGCGGAGAGUGUAAAAAAACUGAAAGUGUUCUGAACAUGUAAUUUAUGGAAGCCUUUUUUAUAUAUCUAUUAAAGAAUUAUCUACAUUAGUGUUUCUUAACCUGUUCUGGUUAAUUAACCCCAAGGAUACAAAGCAAAAUAGGUUAAAAAUUAAACAACAAAACUGGUCCCACAUUUCUUGAAGUGUAGGCUUUUAUAUAAAAAAUGUCAUGUAAUAUGUGAACAAUGUACUGUUUUUGUAUCUAACGUUACAUCUAGCAGAUUACCAGGGAUCCUCAGACCAUAAGUUGGAAAACAUUUCUACAGUGUUUAUUACCUGCUAUUGAAUAUAUUAAUUAAAACAUUCAAUUUCAUUGAUUUAAAUUGUUAUAUGACGUGGUCAUUUUUAAAUUUAGUAUCACAAAAUAUAUCUUGUUAAAAUACAUAGCUAAGCUUUGAUGCAUUUUGUUAAUUUCUUAAGAAUAUAAAUUAAUACGUCUGCCAACAUCAAUCUGCGACAGGUUCAAAUAAGUCAUUACAAUUGAUGAUCCUUUCAACAAGAAAGGACAUAUAUUUUAACCAUUUCGCAAAAAUAAAACUGUGAUUUAGUAUUUAUCUGUGAUUGAAUAAUAGCAGCAUAAAUAAAAGUACUGACCAACAUGCUUAUUAGAGGCGUUCUGAUUAAUUGCAGGCAUGUUGCACCGUUUUUUUGAGCAUGCUCAUUAAUAGCAACGUGAAGCAAAUGCUCUAGUGCUACUAGUGAGCAUGUCUGUCAGCAACUUAACGUUUUAAUUUUAAAUAUAUUAUGCACACUACCUGGAAUAUUGCAGCAACUCAUCGUGUGGCGGAUAUAAUGGUAGAGGUUAUUUACUAUGUGAGAAUAAAAUAAUUAUGAAGUAUAUAGACUGUUUAAUAAGUAUUCCCCACUCUGCUUAAUAGGUCACUAAUAUUGUCCGUGCAUCAUCAAUGUAUCCUGGUAAGAUCUUCAACUAUCUUUAUGAGGUCAUCUACUGUUGCAUCACGCUUCAUUCCACUACCCUCGUCAAUCUGAAAAUAUCAAUAAGUUUAAACUGUGGAAAC